CGCUCUCAUUGGUCAGUGCUCCUAUUUGUAGGCGUGGCUAUUCUCUAAAACGGGUGUGAAAACAACAGGUUUUUUGCAUGACUGCCACACAGCAUCCGGCCCUUUUUACUUCAUGAUGGCCGCCGCCUUGAGGGGAAGCCUUGUAUCAUUGGCCAAGGGCCUGACCAGCGCUGCCAUAAAGCCAGUGUGUGUGCGCUCACUGAGCCUCACAACCAAUCAGAAUGCUUCAGAGACUCCACCAGCACGGGCCGACAGCACUUUCAAGGUCACGAUGUUGCCAGGAGAUGGAGUAGGGCCUGAACUCAUGAUGGCUGUCAAAGAAGUGUUCAAGGGUGCUGAUGUACCUGUGGAGUUUGAGGAAUUUCACCUCAGUGAGGUGCAGAACAUGGCGAGUGAGGAGAAGCUGGACCAGGUGCUGACCUCCAUGAAGAGCAACAAAGUGGCCAUCAAAGGGAAGAUCCAUACACCGAUGGAGUACAAAGGAGAGCUGGCUUCCUAUGAGAUGAGACUAAGGAGGAAGCUGGAUCUGUUUGCUAACGUGGUUCACGUGAACAGUCUGCCAGGUUACAGCACACGCCACAACAACCUGGACCUGGUGAUCAUCCGUGAGCAGACUGAGGGUGAAUACAGUUCGCUGGAACAUGAGAGUGUGUCCGGAGUGGUGGAGUGUCUGAAGAUCAUCACAAGAGAGAAAUCACGCCGCAUUGCCAAGUUUGCCUUUGACUACGCUACUAAAAAGGGCAGGAGCAAAGUGACCGCUGUGCACAAGGCCAACAUCAUGAAGUUGGGUGAUGGGCUCUUCCUGCAAAGCUGUGCUGAGGUGGCUGAGCUGUAUCCCAAGAUCAAAUACGAGAACGUCAUCAUUGACAACUGCUGCAUGCAGCUGGUUCAGAACCCUUACCAGUUCGAUGUCCUGGUGAUGCCUAACCUCUACGGAAACAUCAUCGAUAACCUGGCAGCGGGAUUGGUGGGCGGAGCUGGUGUGGUGCCAGGGGAGAGCUACAGUGCUGAAUAUGCUGUGUUUGAGACGGGGGCAAGACACCCUUUUGCUCAGGCUGUUGGGAGGAACAUUGCUAAUCCUACCGCUAUGCUGCUCAGUGCUGCUAACAUGCUGCGGCAUCUCAAUCUGGAAUAUCAUUCUAACAUGGUGUCUGAAGCUGUUAAAAAGGUUAUUAAACAGGGCAAGGUGCGGACGCGAGACCUCGGCGGUUACAGCACUACGGGUGAUUUUGUCCGUGCCGUCGUGGCCAACCUUCGUCACCGGCCUGUGUCUUAAGGACUCUUGACAUUCCCCAGUAGACCACUGCCCCCUGCUUUUUACCCCUUUUGCCCUUAUUGUUUCCAUCACUUCUGCUGCUGUUUGUGUUUAAGACUUUAUUGCCUAUAUCACUGGUGUAUAGUUUUGGUCAUUUUGUCUGCUGUAAUGUCUUAUUUUGCUUUUUUUUUUUCUAUUUACUUUUGUCCUUUUCUGUUUUUCUUUCAGAACUUGUGCCAUAACCCAAUAUUCACCACCAAAUUCAAAGCACCAGGGUUACUGCUUGUUCACAUUAUUCACACUAGAAAAUCUCAUUCACACUAUUUCCUUUGACACGAGUCGUCUUAACCUGACCUCUCCAUGUCGGCCAUGUAACAUCGGCCGUAUUUCUUUCUUCUUAUACGUUCAUCCUAAGUGACAUAAGAUACUGACCUGUUAUAUCUCUGUACUUCUCACUUGAUCAGUGGCUGCUAGUGUUUAGCAUUUCAUAAAAUAUCGUGUGCUUGUUUCCUGUGUAUGAGCAAAUCACUGGAGUAGGUUAAGAGUUCAGUGGAGAUCAUUCAGGUUUUAAAAUUUCUGCAGAAACCCAACACAUUUUUUUUAUCUGCUGAUUUUCAACAGUAUUUGUAAAGGAUUAAGAAGUUGUUCUCAACAUUUCAUCAUUUCAUCAGCUUUUUUUCUUUCUUUCUUUUUAAAUAAUGUGAACUAGUUGAGGAGAAAGUGUUUCAUAUACCACAAAAAUCCACUAUUUAUGAUCGAACAGCUUGUUUUUCAAAUAACUUAAGGUUAAAAAAAAAAAAAAAAACAGGCCAAAAUAAAGACACUUCUAUAAAAAUAUG